GCGGGAGGAGCGGCGGUCGGCGCAGCCCCGCCGCCGGCCGGGGCGGGCAGAGCCGGCGAGGCGCGGAGGGGAGAGAGAGGCGGCCCGAUGGGGCGGCCGGCCCGCAGCCUGGCCCCGCUCCGGCUGCUGCUGCUGCUGGCGCUGGGGCAUGCCUGGACCUACCGGGAGGAGCCGCAGGACGGCGACAGGGAGGUUUGCUCCGAGAAUAAAAUCGCCACCACCCGCUACCCCUGCCUGAAGCCCACGGGCGAGCUCACCACCUGCUUCAGGAAAAAAUGCUGUAAGGGUUAUAAGUUUGUUCUUGGACAGUGCAUCCCUGAAGACUACGAUGUCUGUGCUGAAGCUCCUUGUGAACAGCAGUGCACAGAUAAUUUUGGACGGGUCUUAUGCACUUGUUAUCCUGGGUACCGCUACGACCGCGAGAGGCACAGGAACAGAGAGAAGCCAUAUUGCCUGGAUAUCGAUGAGUGUGCCACCAGCAAUGGGACGCUGUGCUCUCAGAUCUGCAUCAACACCAUGGGCAGCUACAGGUGCGAGUGCCACGAAGGCUACACCCGUGGGGAGGAUGGCAGGACGUGCACCAAGGGAGAUAAAGCUGGGCUUCCUGAGAAAUCUGAAAGCGUGGCAAAACCAGGGACAUGCUGUGCCUCUUGCAAGGAGUUCCAUCAAAUAAAGCAGACAGUUUUACAGCUGAAGCAAAAGGUUGCUUUGCUACCAAAUAAUGCUGCUGACCUUAGCAAACACAUCACUGGUGAAAAAGUGCUUGCAUCUAACGCUUAUAUCCCUGGCCCCCCAGGCCAGCCUGGCCAACAGGGUCCUCCAGGGGCUCCAGGACCAAAAGGGAGUCAAGGAGUUCCUGGGUCACCUGGACCUCCUGGACAGCCAGGCCCCCGCGGAUCAAUGGGACCCAUGGGCCCAUCUCCAGACAUAUCCCAUAUUAAGCAGGGCAGACGGGGCCCCGUGGGCCCACCAGGAGCACCAGGGAGAGAUGGCAGCAAGGGGGAGCGAGGUGCACCAGGACCAAAGGGGAUACCUGGCCCACCAGGUUCAUUUGACUUCUUACUGCUGAUGAUGGCAGACAUCAGGAAUGACAUCGCCGAGCUGCAAGAGAGAGUGUUCGGACACAGGACUCAUUCAUCAACAGAGGAGUUUCCAUUACCUCAGGAAUUUACAAACUAUCAUGACACAGUGGAUUUUGGAUCCGGAGAAGACUACAAACCGCGGACAUCACCCAGAGACUCCAGGAUACAGAAGGCAGCCCAUCCUUAGCUAUGCCAACUGACAAAUAGUCCCCCUUUAGAGUUCUUCACUAUAAAAAUGCACUGACAUUGUAAUAUAUAUAUAUACAUAUAUAUAUAUAUUAUUUUUCAGUUUUCUCUUUGCUUUUCCCCAACCAUGCUGCCUGUACUGUAACUUUCCCAGUUCAUGGUGGCCUCCUUGCAGUAAUUCCAUACUGUCAAGCCUGCACUGUGCAUUGUAUCUAGACUAUCAGGAAAACCUUCUUAGUGUAUUGGGCUAGCAGGAUUAAGGCACACACUAGUUAAUCGGGCAGACCACAGCAUCUCAUCUGCCUACCUUUGGUUCUGUGUCCAAAUGACCCAGUACCUAGAUUUUGCAGGGGUAGGGGAGUAGCUGAACAUCACCCCUGAAAGACAUCAGAAAUGGAAACCUGGGUCCACGGUUACUUUAUACAUGUAAAUGAAUUAUACCACUGAACUCAAGUCUCCAGCUAGUGUCCCUGGGUUUAGGAAAGUGUGAAAAGUGGAUCUCUGUUUUACAGCAGAGGUCAACUUCAUGUGAAUUGUCUCCUCCUGUUAUGCCCCACUUUGGCACAAAAAAAGCCAAAAAAAAUGAUGAAGCAAUGAUAUAAAGAUACUACUUGUUGAUCUAGAAAUGAUUUGAGGGGAUCUAGUGACCUUCUAAAAGGCAUUCACAGAACUGGAACGUAGGAGUUACAGUGUAUUUGGCUGGGUAUAUGAGGAGUGGUAGGUGCAGGAGUGCACAUGACAGAGCAUUUCAAGUGGUACGAGCAUAGCUAAGGUGAGGUACUGCACAUGGGAUCCUGUAUUUCUGAAGAGGGAUAAAAGGGAGUACCCUUUUUUUACACUGGAAAAUUGGAUGCACAAAGUUAGACCAUACCUCAUGAAUGAUGUAUGUUAACUUUUUUUUUUUUUUUUUUCUUGGAUUUCCACGGCUGCUGAGGACAUUGCCAUGCUUAGAAGAUAAAGGGGAAUAUUAAGCACAAAACUGCAGUGUUUAAUCUGUGUAGCUGCUGUUUCUACCAUAUGUUUAGUACUGGGUCCUAUCUAUGUUACAAAUGCAAAGAAAAUCUUAUUUUGCCAUGUUUUCCAUGGCUUGCAUGUUCUAGUAGAAUAAAUACUAGUAAAAAUAUAAGCAGGCCCUUUUCAGAUAAUAUGGAAGGGUUUGGAUCCCCUUCCAUAUUCUCUGGGCCCAAAGAUAGUUGGUGUAAUCCCUACCCCACCAGAAUAGGUCAUGUUGUAUAAACAGCUGGCUGUCUAGACCUUUCAUAUCUUUUGUAUAUUAUCUUAAGGGGAUAUGUUAAUUCUUGUAAUUGUUUUCCAACUCUUCACUAUCAGUGUGCCACAAGCAAGGGCAUUAGCUUUAAGAACACUAAUGUUCUUUAUUCCUCUUCACGUUACACAUACAUCAGUAUUUACAAAGCAAUGACUAAGCCACUGGUAAAGCUUAGAAAAAAUGAUAGUGCUCUCACCCUGUGAUCUUUGGGCUUCUCCUCUGGAAGGAGCUCACCCAGCAGCUACAGAUCCAAGUAAUCUUGUGAAUGAAGUAAAGGGGAAAUCAGUGAGACCUGGGGAAGGAACUCUUGUGGCCUAAGGAAGGAAGGUUUUAUACAGAGCAAACUAAAAAACAAACAAACAAAAAAAAAAAACAAACAAACAAACAAAAAAAACUAAGGCAGCAAUCUGAGGCAUGUAUGUGUUAUUUUCUUAAUUUUAAACCUGCAACUAUGUAUAAAUGAUAUAGUUCAUGAAUAUGCAACAAGUACAUUUGUCAAAUCAGGUAUUUGUAAUCCUUUCAAAUUAUGUAACUCUUGGCUACGUGUACCACCACCACCCAUGACCUGCUGGAUCAGGUUGAUUUCCAGAACAGAACUAGCAGCUGGAGUUAUUUGGACCAUCAGACACUAAAUAAUGAGUUAAACGACUCGCUUCCUACAUACGGACUGCAUUUCAUUGCCCCCUGCCCACAAGGAAAAGGCACUUGAGUUCUAA